UAUGUUAUGGUUUGUUUAGAACGACUCAUCCUUUAUUUUAAAUCGCACUGCCUGAGAAAAUGUUUUGUUUCCCUGAAUAUAUUCUGUCUAUCUUGCUUACAUGCUAAUGUUCACAGUUCUUCAGUUGACUGAAGAUUGCCUUGUCCAAUGUCGAUGUUUCGAGGGAAAGGUUCACCCAGGUCUUACUACCCACUGCUUACAGUGGGAUUAGGAGUCCUUAAUGCUAUUCUGCUGGUAGCAACCAUUAUUCUGAGUGUCAACUGUUACAAAGGUGGUGAAAAGAAUCUUCCUCUACAUCAGAACAUAACACAAAUCAACAGAAAACUGAAGCAGCUCCAAACCAACAACAGUGAUGUGAUCCACGAGAAGGAGACGAUUCACAGAAAACUAGAUGAAGUCGUCAUGGACCAUCAGCAAAUAAGGCUAAAGGUCGAGCAACUGAGGAGCCAAAACGAUAUCCUUCAGGUUCAAACGGAUCAUCUCCUAGAUGAGAAGAAACAACUGCUCUCCAGCAUGUCUACUCUUGAGGGAAACUGUGGCCUCUGCUUACCAGGAUGGGAUCUACACAAAAGCAUGUGUUACUAUUUUGCUACUUCUGAUUACCCUCUGUUGAGCUGGAAGAGCAGCAGAGAUGAUUGCAUAUCUCGCGGAGCAGAGCUAGUUGUGAUAGAUAGCAGAGAGAAGCAGCUCUACAUCACUGAGACCUUACUUGCCAUUAACUUCAACUUGAGGAACGUGUACCAUGCUGGAUUUCAUAUUGGGCUCAGUGAAGAGUACACUCGGGGGACUUGGGGUUCUCAAGGGACCUGGACUUGGGUGCAUGGGGCUAAGCUGCUGGAGGGAUUCUGGAUGGAUGGGGAGCCAAAUGAUGCAGAUGGUGCGGAGGACUGCGCUGCUACCUACCCCACUAGAAACCCCCAAAAAGCUUGGAACGAUAUUCCAUGUUCACAUCGACUGAAAUGGAUCUGUGAAAUGGCACCACCAUAUUAGUAAAAGUAACUGUUCAUUCACAGCAUAACAAACACAA